ACUAUUGAUGAUAAAGCAAUUAAAACUCUAUCUUCCGAAAGUCAUACUGAUAUUUUAUUAAAAUUAGCAAAUUAUAGACGAAAUUGUGGAAUUACGAGAAAUAUUUAUGAGGUUAAUGUCUAUGUUGAAGAUUUUGUGAUGCAAAAUUUGAUAUAG